CGUGCGUGUCUUGAGUUUGUCUCCGAGGACAACAGCGACGGAGGAUUUCCAAAAUGCCAACUUAUGGGCGCCGCCAUCUUGCUGUACGAAGUACCGAAGCCCGGCCUCCCUCCUGUCGUCAACACGGCUGUCAGAGCGAACAAUUUAGGCUGUGAAGCGAGAUAUCCCAGGAGAAUGAGUUAACCGAAGAAAGAAAAGGGGCGGGGUGGCUGGGCCUCCACGGCAGAUAUAAGGGAAGGGCCGUCGCAAUGACAGCUUUUUCCGUACGGAAGUAGCUUAUUACGGCCUCUGAGGGGAGACCCCGCUGGCCUCGCCAUCUUGCUGUACGGCUGAGGAGGGGGCGGCGUGGAGGGAGGCGGAGGUAGGGCCGCCCGCGCGGCCUCCGGAGAUGGUGAUCUGUUGCGCGGCGCUGAAUUGUUCCAACCGGCAGGGCAAAGCUCCCCGGGGCCGGGCGGCCGUCUCCUUCCACAGGUUUCCAUUAAAGGACUCAAAGCGACUGAUCCAGUGGUUAAAAGCGGUUCAGAGGGAUAACUGGAUCCCCACCAAAUAUUCUUUCUUAUGCAGUGAGCACUUCACUAAAGACAGCUUUUCAAAGCGGCUGGAGGAUCAGCAUCGGCUGCUCAAACCCACAGCUGUGCCAACCAUUUUCCAGCUUUCAGAGAAAAGAGGGGGAAGCAGGGAUUAUGUCAAGAGGAGGAGGAAAAUCGUAAGUCAGGCUCUGUACAGAGAUGGCAGCCAACCAAAGGAAGGAAACUGUGAGGUAGCGGAGGUGAACUUAUCUUCUGACCGAGACUCGAGGAUGGAUGGAACUCAAGAAAUGGAGCAAGUGACUCUUCAAGCUGAAAUUGGUUCACUCUCUGAGCAGGGAGAGAAUUUUCAGGUUCAACUUGAAGGCUCCCUCAGGAGGAUGCUAGCUGAUAACCUAGUCACAAAAGUGGCCCAGAAUAAACCAGAGAAGUCUUCUGUAGAGGAUUGUUCUGAAAUGGUGAUUCAUCCUGGGAAUCUGAAAACAGAUCGAAAUGGUAUAUCAGAAGAUGAUUUUACACCUCCUGUGUCUGGGGCUUGCAAAUUUAUUGGCUCCCUUCAUUCUUACAGCUUUUUCUCCAAGCAUACGAGAGAAAGGUCAUCUUUUCCAAAGGAGCAACUGGAAAGGAAACGGUUAAGAAGGAGUGUUGAACCUAGUUGUAGUAACAGCAUAGUGGAACAGGAUGGAAGUUUACCAGAAACCUCCUCUACUUCUUCUCUUACUGUUGUCCCCCAAAAGCCUUCCCAAAGCCUGUCUGCAUCCCCUGCAGAUCUGACUCCUAAGCCCGCAACAGAAGCUGUUGUAGGUCAGAAGGGAGACACGGAUGCCAAUCCCAUGUCAAUCAAUGAGGUCAUCAUGUCUGCUUCAGGGGCCUGCAAGCUCAUUGACUCUCUCCAUUCAUAUUGCUUCUCCUCUCGGCAUAGCAAAAGCCAAGUGUGCUGUUUAAGAGAGCAGGUGGAGAAGAAGAAUGGAGAGCUGAAACUGUUGAGACAGAAGAUCAGCCGCUCUGACAGCCAAGUUAGAAAGCUGAAAGAAAAGCUAGAUGAACUGAAGAGGAUCCAUUUUCCAUUCCUGAGCAACCUGCUGUCCCAAGACUGUGAAACCCCACAGUUGAACCCUGUGAUUGAGCCUCUGUCCUGGAUGUUGGGUACUUGGCUGUCAGACCCACCAGGAGAUGGGACCUUUCCCUCAAUGAAGCCUUUUCAGUACCUCGAAGAAGUUCAGAUCUCGCAUGUGGGGCAGCCCAUGUUGAAUUUCUCAUUCAACGCCUUCCAUCCAGACACCAGGAAGCCAAUGCACCGAGAAUGUGGAUUCAUCCGUAUCAAACCAGACACUAACAAGGUGGCCUUCAUCAGUGCUCAGAACACAGGUUUGGUAGAGGUGGAGGAAGGAGAGGUAAAUGGACAGGAGCUUUCUAUCGCUUCCCAUUCUUUAGGAAGGAUCUCAUUUGCCAAGAAGCCCCAUGUAGAACAAAUUACUAGAAAAUUCAGGCUCAAUUCUGAUGGGAAACUAGAACAGACUGUCUCCAUGGCAACCACUACACAGCCAAUGACUCAGCACCUCCACGUUACCUACAAGAAAGUGACACCUUAAAACAAAGGAGAGUUGUUUUGCCACAGAAGCACUGAAGCCAAGGCAAACUGCUUAAAGGGAAAGGAAGCCACUUGAAAGCAAAACUGUGACUUCUCAUUUUUGUGACCCAGUUCUCACCUGGCAGCAGGAUGGGGGGAGACCACAAACUGCAGUUACUGAAGGAAUUUACUCUAAGGUUUCUGUAAUGGUAGAUGAAAAAAAGUAAAGCCAAUAAAAAAAACCUUUAUUUUUGAGGGUGUGGCUUUGAAUGAUAUCAGGUUAGAAAUGUCCCUGUAUUUGACAUUUGUUAAAGCUUUCAGAAUUCAUCCUUAAGAAGUACAGAGAAUGAUGGUGGACUUCAUUUUUGGAGUUUGCUUUUAGUGAUCUUAAUGGUUUGCAUCGAAGGUGGUCAUGCAUGGGGAGUGGCCAUGGAUUUCUCUUAUCAAGUACAGUUUAGAACUAGAACCUAUUAAUCAUUGUAGGUGUGGGUCUUAUCCUAGUAGCUUCAUAUAAACAGUCAUUAAUUCCUUGGGUUGUAUUAAGUGUUCUGCAGUGUUUCAGGAUCAGGCCCAUUGCUGUAGAAUAGGAAUUAUCAUUCAGCUUCUUCCAUCUUUUUGUGGUAACUUGAGUUUGACUAUAGGUAUGUGGCAGAGGCAACAGUAGAGGUGAAGGAAAAAAUGAAUUGUCUUCUACUGUAGUUUAAAUAUGGCACAGUGUCACAGAUGGGGAAGAUCAUUAGAAAUUUCCAAUACUAAAAUGACUGAUUUGCACAGUAUUUUUACAGUCUUGAGAUGUCCUCCUUGGCCAUUUCCCCACCCAUUCUAUAAGUGGACUUCCUCAUUUUCCCUCAAAGCUGUUUUGUGAGAAACAUACCCCACUAAUUCCUUAUUGGAUUGGUAUUUAAAAUGAAGUUUUAAAUCCCAACUCAGCAAUCCAAACAAGAGGAAAUAUAAAACAAUGAAAGGAAAAACUGAAAUGAACUGAAUCAAGGAGCUCUGGUGUAAAUAUAUAGACCCUGGUAAUUCCUUGUAUGUUUAGAAAGCUGUUGGCUCCAGAUAGCUGCUGGGUUUUUUUUUUCCUUUUCAAUUGCAGUAGCAUUUAUUGAAUACUAUGCAAAAAAUGCUUGGAAUAAAAGCAUGUUUAGAUUA